GUGAUGACCAGAUGCAUGAUUUUUAUAUACCAAAAACCAUUUAUCAUGAGAUCUGCGUUGUGUGUGAACAAGAUCGUUUUGUUCUGGGGUGUUUUUGAGUCUGAGCUCCAACAGAUGGCACAAAAUCCAAUAAUAUUGUACACAGCAAAAUCUGCAGUGUUAAUUAGUGUCAAUUUUCUGGUGAAAAUGAUUUAGAGUUGAUGGUUGUUGAAUCCUGGUGUGGUUUGAACACCCACGGUGUCCAAAUAGCUCUUGGGGUGGAACUAACAGCGCGAGCUAAGCGCCAACUCUCCUGUCGAGUUCAUUUCUACAUCCAGUCUGAGAGGAGAGCAGGCAACUCUAGAAAGUUCCAGGCAGCGCGGGCUAGCAGAUGCAGUGUCAAGUUUUCAACGUCAAACGAAAUCAUCAUGUUGCUGAAGGUGAAACACCAAAGUUCCAAGAAGUACAUACGGUUACAGCCAGGGUUCACAUAUUUGGAGUUCAUCAGUGAAGUCAAAAACAAGUUUGGGCUUCCUGAUGUCACAGAACUGCACAUUUUUGAUGAGACUGAUACAGCAGUGGAGGAAGACAUCUUUCUUGAACUGAUAGAGGCCAAUCCUGACAUAUGCCUGACUGUAAGUGACAGCUCAGCAGGUGAUGCUCAUUCAACCUCAUCCUCCCUCACGGAUACCGUGUCACUAUCGUCUAGUGACAGUGAUCUUCACAGAGAUUUGGGGAUCCCUGUUACUGGAAGUAGAUUGAGCUCUGGGGUCAAGAACAAGUCUACCACAGAAGUUUCAGAGUCUGAGGCUGCAAAAGAGGAGGAUUCCUUCACGUAAGCAGAAAGAGAAGUAUGCCCUGGGAAUCAUUACGCUUUUUCCUUCACUGAAGGAUCCUUUUUCUCCAAAAGGCUACGUAAGUAAAAAUAAAUAAAUAAAUAAAUAAAUAAAUAUAUAUAUACCGUAUUUUCUGGAGUAUAAGUCGCUCUGGAGUAUAAGUCUCACCAGCCAUAAAAUGUAUAAUGAAGAAAGAAAAAACAUAAAAGUCGCACUGGAAUAAGUUGCAUUUUGGGGUGAAAUUUUAUUUUUCUUACAAAAUCUGAGACCAAGCAUUUCACAUUGCAAGACAAGUACUGGUAACAACAGAAUAAAAAAACAAGCUGUUGCAUCAGCGGUACGCAGCAGCGUGCCACGAUCUCCAGCAGAGUUUGGCAGUGUUUGAAACCCUCCUAGCGGGACAGGUGAGUUCAUUCCUGGGUCGGAGCCGGCCUGCAGCAGCGCGGUAUAGCCUACAUAAUUUGGUAUAUAAGUCACUUUGGCUGGUCCUGUGACUUAUAUACCAGACUAUGGAAAAAAAAAAAGUGCAACUUAUAGUCCGGAAAAUACGGUAUACCUGAAGAAAAAUCUACUCAGACUAACUGUUCAAUGUUUGUAGGGAUGCACAUUUUGAAAAUUUCUUUAACCGGCUAAUGAUGCCCCUUAACGAUUAAUAGCCGGUUAACCAGAACCAACCAACAACGCUCAUUACAUUUAUGAACAAAAAGAAAAGAGUGAGAUGACAGCUGGAAUGUCCUUCAGACUCAGAACUAGUUGUGCAGUGAACCGUCUGGCAUCAAAUACACAUCGCUGCUGGCAAUUGCACGCUCAUAAGCGCAUUCUGGAGACCACGGUUUAAAAAAAAUACUUCCUUUCCUUACAUUAAACGAAAUAAUUACACUGGCAUGUUCUGCCAGGCUCAGCACUUUGAUGGGAGGCCUAUUGUGUUCCAGGAAUGAAAUAACGAAGAAUAAACUGCUUCCACAGUGCUAAUUGCUCAGUGUUUGACAAGCUAAUUUCUUCUGUGGUUGCCCGGGAAACAUUAUAAUAGUGUUACUAUUGCGCCCUCUAGUGGCACAUAAUAUAUUACACGGAAACGCAGCAGCAGGAUAUGAAACUGUUGACCGGGAAAAACUAUUUUACCCGGUUACAACAUUAACAGCAAUUAAGCGGUUAACUAAGUGCAUUCCUAAGUUUUUAACAUAAUAUAAUUCACCAGUUAGAAAAAAGGUCUAAAAAAUAGUGUGUGUGUGUGUGUGUGUGUGUGUGUGAGUGAGUGAGUGAGUUGUACCCAAGCCCCCACAAUGCCGCUCUAAAAAUGGUCCCAUCCCGGAAGUAAGAAUAAUUGCAGUUCCACCCUCAUCCGCUGGGGGCUGGUGCCAGAAGCGAGCAAAUCCUCAUUGACUCCCAUGUUAAAAAUGCCGAUUUCACAGCAGAAAUAAACAUGUUUACAGCCUGGUGCCAAAACAUGUUUUUUGUCUAAAUUAUCUAGUUUAUACUCAUGACAACUCUGAGGGGGGUGAAUUUUUUUCUCACUCUUCUGUUUAAGUGUAUUGAAAGCCUAAAAUUCUGUAUAAUUAAUGAGCAUCCGACACACGUGACCGCCGCCUCAGACCCACGUGACCACAGAGCUAGCUCCGUGGAAAGGCCUCAGUACAGCCUCGGUCUGGCUUGGAAACUGCUCCGGCAUUUUGAGUCUCUGUGUUUGUGUAUUCUUCUUUGGAUAUUAUUGGUGCAAUUGUUGGACAAAAUGACUUGCAGUGGUAUUAAUUGCACUAAUAGAGCGUCCAAGGAGUCUCCACUUCAUUUUUUUUCGGGAAGGACCUGAUUGGUGUCCAGAACCUGCUGAAGAAGCACCAGGCUCUGCAGGCUGAGAUCACAGGUCAUGAACCUCGCAUCAAGGCUGUCACCCAGAAAGGAGAGACCAUGGUGGA